GGUGGUUCAAUGUUUUAAUGGAUGACCGGAUAAUUCCGGUAGCACCUGAAGGCACCGCCAGCUCCUCCUCCUCCCCGGGAGCGCGCUGACGCGGCUGCGCGGCGGACGCUGCUGCUGUUGCUGGAAACUUUGUGUCACUCUCUCGCUGUUUGGAAGAAAGGAGGCGUCCGUCCGUCUUAUGUCGCGUCCCGCCGGAGAGUGAACCGUGCCGGAGGAGACUCUGCUGACAACCGGGGGCUGGAGGAGCGGAGCGGACAUGGCUGCUACACCCGUUCGGAACCACAGAGCUGCCGCUGCCGCCGCCUCAGUGUCGCGGGUCUGGGGUCAGUGUGUACCGGAGCUGCUGAAUGGAGUCCGAGCUGUUGGACAUCGAGUCCCGGCCUAGCUAACCACCACCACCACCACCAGGAACAACCACCACUCCACCGGAGCCUGGGACACCAUGCUCCCCAUUUGAUUCCUCAUAUCUAAUUCGGCUUUAUCGGUCACCACCACCACCAUGUCUGAUCAGAACUACUACUGGACCGUGCUGCCGAGCUACAAAACUAGUUUUGUGACCGGGGCCAUGAUGAAAAGAUCGAAAAGUUCCCGUAACAACAAGAGAAGGAGUUUAGCGGUCGGGACCCCGUCGCCCACACUCUCACGACCGCUCUCACCUCUCCCACUCGCCACAGCUGGCAGCAGCCCUUCAGAAAGCCCCAGAAAUGUCUCUGCCAGCACCUCUGCCAACUUCCAGUUUGCCCGCAGCCAACUGGCCCGAACUGAAAGACCGGACGGGCGAAGGUGGUCUGUGGCGUCAGUUCCCUCGUCUGGAUACUGCACCAAUGCACCUAGUUCAUCAGUUUCUUCUUCUUCUUCCCAAGAGUUAUUGCACCAGUUGCCCUUCCAGCCCACACAAGAUGAUCUCCACUUCCUGUUCAAACAUUUCCGGAGUACGGAGAGCGUGGCGGACGAAGAAGGAGCACACCCCUCGCCCACUGUCAGACUCCGCUCACGCAGUCUCAGCCCUGGACGGACCUGUGGAAUAUUUGACAAUGAGAUCGUCAUGAUGAACCAUGUUUACAAAGAACGCUUUCCUAAGGCGACGGCACAGAUGGAGGGUCGGCUUCUCGACAUCAUCGCAGAGUGUUCCCCGGGCACCGCUCUGCCCCUGGCUGACGGCGUGCUGGGAUUCAUUCAGCACCAGCUGCUGGAGCUCGCCAGAGACUGUCUGGACAAGUCCCAGAAAGGUCUGGUCACCUCCAGGUACUUUGUGGAGCUACAGGAGAAGCUGGAGAAGCUGCUGCACGAGGCUUAUGAGCGUUCAGAGAGCGAAGAGGUGACCAUCAUCACCAAACUGGUCAAGAAGAUUCUCAUCAUCAUCUCCAGGCCUGCCAGGCUCCUGGAGUGUCUGGAGUUUGAUCCAGAGGAGUUUUACCAACGUUUGGAAGUUGCAGAGGGUCAAGCUAAGGUCGGCCAGGGCAUCAAGACUGAUAUUCCCAAAUACAUCAUCAGCCAGCUCGGCCUCCACAGAGAUCCUCUGGAAGAGAUGGUUCAUCUGGAGCAGACGAGCCCGAGUCACAGGUCGGCCAGCAAGGAUUCUGAUGACACUGGAGAUACGACACUCACACAGAGCCGAGCAGCAUGCACCCCUCCUCGUAGGAAACCGCUGGAGAGUGACUUUGAGACCAUCAAACUCAUCAGCAACGGCGCCUAUGGGGCUGUAUUUCUAGUGCGCCACAAGGAAACCCGUCAACGUUUUGCCAUGAAGAAGAUAAACCGGCAGAACCUGAUCCUAAGGAACCAGAUCCAGCAGGUGUUUGUGGAGCGGGACAUCCUAACAUUUGCUGAAAACCCAUUUGUGGUUUCUAUGUUCUGCUCUUUUGAGACACGGAGGCACCUCUGCAUGGUCAUGGAGUAUGUGGAAGGUGGGGACUGUGCAAACCUAUUGAAGAACAUUGGUCCUCUGCCUGUGGACAUGGCGCGGAUGUAUUUCGCAGAGACCGUCCUGGCGCUGGAGUACCUUCACAACUACGGCAUCGUACACAGAGACCUCAAACCUGACAAUUUGUUAAUCACCUCCAUGGGCCACAUUAAGCUGACAGACUUUGGACUGUCUAAAAUUGGUCUUAUGAACAUGACGACCAACUUGUAUGAAGGACACAUUGAGAAAGACACCAGAGAGUUCAUUGACAAACAGGUCUGUGGGACUCCAGAGUACAUCGCUCCUGAGGUGAUCCUGAGGCAGGGUUAUGGAAAACCUGUGGACUGGUGGGCCAUGGGCAUCAUUCUCUAUGAGUUCCUAGUGGGCUGUGUGCCUUUCUUUGGAGACACACCAGAGCAGCUUUUUGGUCAGGUGGUAAAUGAUGACAUCAUCUGGCCUGACGGGGAGGACGCUCUGCCUGCUGAUGCGCAGGACCUUAUCACUAGACUACUGAGACAGAGUCCUCUGGAGCGUCUGGGAACAGGUGGAACAACUGAAGUGAAGAUGCACAUGUUCUUCCUGGGUCUGGACUGGAACGGGCUCCUGAGGCAGAAAGCUGAAUUUAUACCUCAACUAGAGACUGACGAGGAUACUAGUUACUUUGACACUCGAUCGGAGCGCUACUGUCACCUAGGCUCAGAUGAAGAUGAUGAAACAAAUGAUGAUGAAUCGUCUCUGGAGCUCCGUCAGUUCUCCUCUGUGGCCCAUCGCUUCAGCAAGGUGUACAGCAGCACAGAGCACCUGUCCACCUCAACUCCGUCCAACCAGAGCCUGUCGUCAUCAGAGCGAAGCCACAGCGAGGAGAAGGAGGAGCGAUGGGAGGGCAGGGGAGUCCUCUCUCCUGGCGACGGGUACAAACACUCGACUUGUGGAGACAGGAGGGCAGAUGGACACAGGGGGAGUCUGCGUCCUCGUGCUUCAUCUAGUUCCUCCCAGUCAGAGCGCAGUGCCAGCCCACUGGUUAUGAACAGCACCCAGAGCCUUGACAUCAUGCCUCGCCUCGCCAUCUCUGCAGAAGAGGAAGACGGGAUGGUUUCCAACCUACGGCGCAUUCGUCUCCGGAGCAACAGCACGGGGACCAGGCCGUCAUUCAGGAGAGGAGCAUCUCGACGAAUUGCUCACCAGCUGGAAACCCCAGAGAAACCCAGAUCCCCAGCUGGCAAAGUCCCCAAGUCUGCGUCUGUCUCUGGCCUCUCUCUCAUCAUCACCCCAGACGACUCAGCAGCUCCUCCUACGAGCCCCAAAUCUUCCUUGUCCCUGUCGUCCAACCCCUCGUCCAGAGACUCGUCUCCCAGCCGGGACCUGUGCGUCAGCGUCAGUUGCCUCAGGCCUCCUGUGGUCAUCCACAGCUCUGGAAAGAGGUUCGGCUUUGCUCUGCGAGCAAUCAGGGUCUACAUGGGAGACAGUGAUGUCUACACUGUCCACCACAUGGUCUGGUGUGUUGAGGAGGGCAGUCCAGCACAUGAGGCAGGACUGAGGGCGGGUGACCUCAUUACUCAUGUCAACGGAGAGUCGGUCCAGGGACUCGUCCACACUGAGGUGGUGGAGCUCCUGCUCAAGAGUGGCAACAGAGUGACCUUGCAGACGACUGCACUGGAGAACACUUCCAUUAAGGUGGGCCCGGCCAGGAAGUCGAGCUAUAAGGCCAAGAUGGCACGACGCAGCAAGAAGAGCAAGAAGAGGGAUGGACAGGACAGCAGACGACGUAGCAUCUUGAAGAAGCUGUCGAAGCAUUCGCCGCCUCCACCCAUGCAGAGCAGUCGUAGCUUCUCCUCAGGGUUCCACCAGUCAUCGAGCGACAGCCUCUCUGGUUCCCCCACGCAGAGUCUCUCUUCUGGGCCUUCCACACCCUGCCGCUCCCCUGCUCCAGACCAUUCAGGAGAUUCCAGUUCUUCACCUUGUUCCAGCUCCCCGAACUCACCUGUUCCUCAGGCCCGUCCCAGUUCCUUGCAUGUUUUGGGUCGCUACACCAAAGCCGGCCGCUGCAAGUCCACCAGCAGUAUCCCUCCUUCACCGCUGGCCUGCAUCCCACCUCCUCAGCCUCUUUCCCCCCAGUGCUCUCCAUCCUGCCUCCCCAGUCACCCCAAGUCCCUGCAAGGUUUCCACGGCAAAACAUUGUCCCCUCCCACUAUUGCUCGCCAUUCUGUUCGCCCCCGCAGUGCAGAACCACCCCGUUCACCUCUCCUCAAGAGGGUCCAGUCAGCAGAGAAGCUGACAGGAGACAAGAUGACGGGAGGGUACCACGGAGACAGGAAGGCCUACAGCACCCGCCGCCAUACCAUGGAGGUGCCUCUGUCUGAGGGGGAGGGGCUGGAGGACAUGGAAGGGGACACAGCCACCGGGUUCGUUUGCGUUGGUGAGCACGGCCGUCAGGGGCUGUAUAUUGGAGGGCAGAGAGGCCACCAAGACACAGCCGGCGGCAUUGGCGAGCACCAUCGUUCCACCGUCUCGCCACACCGUAGCGGCAACCACCACUCCAAUGAGGUGGUGGUGAUGAGGAAGCUGGCUCUGUCAGAACGCAGGGACUCCUUCAAGAAACAGGAGGCUGUGCAGGAAGUGAAUUUUGACGACCUGGAGGAGAGAGAUGCAACACCGAGCCCAACACCUCCUGUCACGCAGCCGAAGGCGUUCAAGGCGUCCUGGAUCAACUCGGCCGCGGCAGAAUCCAGCAUGAAGCUGGGAGGAAGAGGAUCACAGGGUACAAAUACACAGCAGAAAGCCAAUCCAAAAAACAAGGAGGAGUUUGGCAGAGAUAAUAGGUCAACAAAGUGAGUGGAAGUCUGACCUGCAACUGUUCUUACAAGCGAUAGCCUUGUGUCCAGAAACUGUGACUAAGCCCCAUAAUCAUCAUGAGCAACUGUCUGCAGACGGAAGAACAAAAAUUAAAGUCGAUGUUUCUAAGUAAUAUAUGCACCCUGCAACACUGUUAACGGAAUAAUGACUGCAAAACUGUGUUCUCUUCCUCGAUGCUUGUUUUCUCUCAGUUCUCAAAUCACUGUGGCACCAACAUCUGAUGUAGUUUGUAAA